GCGGUGUUGCUUUACGGCAGCGCCAGGCCGCGGGAUCCGCCGGGAUGAAGCAGAAAAGGAAACAUGGGAAAGGGCAGCCGAGCCAGGCGGAGCUGAUGGUGAUGAGCAUCGCGGAGAUCAUCCGGCAGCUGCUGGAGGCGCACGAGCAGGGCCGGGACGUGGAUCUCAACAAGCUGAAGACCAGGACCGCGGCCAGGUUCGGGCUGUCGGCGCAGCCGCGCCUCGUGGACAUCAUCGCGGCCGUGCCGCCGCAGUUCCGGAAGGUUCUGCUGCCCAAGCUCAAGGCCAAGCCCAUCAGGACGGCCAGUGGGAUCGCCGUGGUGGCCGUGAUGUGCAAACCCCACCGGUGCCCCCACAUCAACUUCACAGGCAACAUCUGCGUGUACUGCCCGGGGGGCCCUGACUCUGAUUUUGAAUAUUCCACCCAGUCCUACACAGGAUAUGAGCCGACAUCCAUGAGGGCCAUCCGGGCUCGCUACGACCCCUUCCUGCAGACGAGGCACAGAGUGGAGCAGCUGAAGCAGCUGGGCCACAGCGUGGACAAAGUGGAAUUCAUCGUGAUGGGUGGCACCUUCAUGGCCCUGCCCGAGGCCUACCGCGAUUAUUUCAUCAGGAGCCUGCACGACGCCCUCUCGGGCCACACUUCCAACAACGUGGCCGAGGCUGUCAGGUACUCGGAGCGGAGCCGCAGCCGCUGCGUGGGGAUCACCAUCGAGACGCGGCCGGACUACUGCCUGCGGCCCCACCUGGGCGCCAUGCUGGCCUACGGCUGCACCCGCCUGGAGAUCGGCGUGCAGAGCGUCUACGAGGACGUGGCCCGCGACACCAACAGGGGUCACACGGUGAGGGCUGUCUGUGAGUCCUUCCACCUGGCCAAGGACGCGGGGUUCAAGGUGGUGGCGCACAUGAUGCCGGACCUGCCCAACGUGGGGCUGGAAAGGGACCUGGAGCAGUUCUUUGAGUUUUUUGAGAACCCCGCGUUCCGCCCCGACGGGCUGAAGCUGUACCCCACGCUGGUGAUCCGCGGCACGGGGCUCUACGAGCUCUGGAAGACGGGGAGGUACCGCAGCUACCCCCCCAGCACCCUGGUGGACCUGGUGGCCCGGAUCCUGGCCCUGGUGCCGCCCUGGACGCGCGUCUACCGCGUCCAGAGGGAUAUCCCAAUGCCCCUGGUGAGUUCUGGGGUGGAGCACGGCAACCUGCGGGAGCUCGCCCUGGCCAGGAUGAAGGACCUUGGCACUGAGUGCCGCGACGUGAGGACGCGGGAGGUGGGGAUCCAGGAGAUCCACCACAAGCUCCGCCCCUACCAGGUGGAGCUGGUCCGCCGGGACUACGUGGCCAACGGGGGCUGGGAGACGUUCCUGUCCUACGAGGACCCGGAGCGGGACAUCCUGGUGGGGCUGCUGCGCCUGCGCCGCUGCUCCGCGCUCGCCUUCCGCCCCGAGCUGCGCGCCGGCGCCUCCGUGGUGCGCGAGCUGCACGUCUACGGCAGCGCCGUGCCCGUCAGCAGCCGCGACCCCGCCAAGUUCCAGCACCAGGGCUUUGGAAUGCUGCUGAUGGAGGAGGCGGAGCGGAUCGCCCGGGAGGAGCACGGGGCGCGGAAAAUCGCCGUCAUUUCAGGUGUCGGCACCAGGGAUUACUACAGGAAGAUCGGCUACGAGCUGGAGGGGCCCUACAUGGUGAAGUGGCUGGAAUGAUGGUCCUGGAGAGCCUCAUCCUGAAAUCCUGAAAUCCUGAAGCCCAGGAUUUCCCUCUGCCAGAGCCCACGGCUGCCAAGAGCUCCAGAGUUGGACUCGAUGAUCCUGGAGGUCCCUCCUCAUUCCAUGAUUUUGGGAAAUGGGACAUCGUCUCCUCUGGAGGAGCAGCUCUGGGACGUUCCAGGUGUCUCAUCAUCUGGGUUUAUCCUGCUGCAUCCUCGGGAUGAAUUUCAGGAUUUUGGGGUGUCCUGGUGGGAAAAACGCCUUUUUUCUGCUGCUGUCAGCUUUUCCUGGUUCAUGGGGCGCGUCUCUCGGGAAUAAAUUCCGUGUUUAUUUAUUCA